AUGUCCAACAGCACCGACAGAGCGCCUUCGCAGGCCGGUGUCCUCGAGGGCCUCAACCCAGCCAAGUACAAUUCGAAUGAUCCCAUUAUUCUUUUUAUUAUCCAGGCCGGCCUGAUCCUCAUAACAUGCCACCUUUUGCAUUGGCCUCUGGCCAAGAUUCGCCAGCCGCGAGUCAUUGCCGAAGUUGUUGGCGGUAUCAUUCUUGGUCCGUCUGUAAUGGGUCGCAUACCGGGUUUCAAGGACUCUAUUUUCCCCACCGAAUCGCUUCCCGGUCUGUCGCUUGUCGCCAAUCUCGGUCUUGUUCUAUAUCUCUUCCUCAUUGGCAUGGAGACGAAUGUGCGCUUCCUUAUUAGCAACUGGCGCAUUGCCUCCGCCGUCGCAGUGGGUGGCCUGGCUCUCCCCUUCGGUCUUGGAUGCGCCCUGGCCUGGGGUCUCUACCACCAGUUCCGCGAUGAAGAGGGUCUCGUGCAUAUUGAGUUCAGCACAUAUAUGCUCUUCAUUGGUGUUGCCAUCGCUAUUACCGCCUUCCCAGUGUUGUGCAGAAUCCUGACUGAGCUCAAUCUUCUCUCGACUACGGCUGGCAUUAUCACCCUCUCUGCUGGUGUCGCGAACGAUGUCAUUGGCUGGAUUCUCCUUGCUCUUUGCGUAACUCUGGCAAACGCUGGCAACGGGCUCACCUCCCUCUACAUUCUGCUCUGCUGUCUGGGGUACCUUCUCCUUCUUCUCUAUGUCAUAAAGCCUUUGCUCUACAGGUUCAUCAAGUGGAUGGGCAACCUCGAGACCGGCCCCUCACAGAGUGUCAUUGCUCUCAUUCUUCUCGUCGCUCUUGCCUCUGCCUUCUUCACCGGUAUCAUUGGAGUCCACCCCAUCUUCGGUGGAUUCAUGGUUGGUCUGAUCGUUCCUCGUGACAAUGGAUUUGCCCUCAAAGUCACCGAGAAGCUUGAGGAUGUGAUCGGUGCUCUUUUCUUGCCACUUUAUUUCACCUUGUCCGGUCUUAAGACAAAUCUGGGGUUGCUUGACAACGGCAUCACCUGGGGAUAUGUCUUUGCUGUUACUCUCACCGCGUUUUUCAGUAAGAUCAUCGGCGCAACUCUUGCUGCUCGUUUUAGCGGUAUCGUCUGGCGCGAAUCCUUCACCAUUGGCGCUCUUAUGAGUUGCAAGGGUUUGGUGGAAUUGAUUGUCCUGAACAUUGGUCUGCAAGCCAAGAUCUUGAGCACCAGGACCUUCACUAUUUUUGUCGUCAUGGCUCUUCUCACAACCUUUAUAACCACCCCCCUUGUGACUUUCCUCUACCCCGUUUGGUACCAGGAGAAGCUGGCCGCCUGGAAGAGGGGCGAGAUUGAAUGGGAUGAGACAAGACAACCCAGUCAGACGACCGACGAUGCUAUUACCUCCAAGGACAUUCCUUCCAACAACCGAGUGAAUCAGCUCAUGGUGUACCUCCGGCUUGAUAACCUUCCGGGUCUGCUGAACCUCGUAUCUCUGUUUGGCAACGAGGCAACAAUUGAUGAUUAUCAGACCGACGACAGCAACAACCAUGGCGCUUUCUCCCCAGAGAAGGCCCCGGCUGCUCCACCUGUGAGGUCGGUCAAGGCCCAUGGCCUCCGUCUUAUCCAGCUGGGCGAUCGUGAUUCAGCCGUCAUGACCGUCCGUGACACCACCGGAAUGACAGUAUCUGAGAUUGAAGAAUACACUAGGAAUGACCCUAUCCUCAACACAUGGCGUAUUGUAGGCCAGCUCUUCCGUGUGGCGGUUUCAGGAGAAGUCGCCACAAUGCUGGGUAGCCGGUUCGCAGAAGCACUCUUGACAAAGGCUUCCAAUAUCUCAGCCGAUCUCCUCGUCGUUCCUUGGAGUGGCUCGGGCACUCUGGAUGACAGCGCGCAGCAUGUCCAUGAGAGCAAGUUGUCUUCAACUUACUUGCAAUUCACCAACUCCGUCUAUGCCUCGAACCAGCGAAACAUUGGCGUCUACUUCCCCAAGGGUGCGCUACACGUUGAGGCAAGCCAGCCCGACUCGCCAAGCAGGCUCCAGCGCACAUUCUCUUUCAGCGACAUUCACCGCGAAAUCAACCCUCUUCCCGUAAAGAAGAAGGCCCAGCGCAUCAUUCUCCCAUUCUUCGGUGGCAACGAUGACAAGCUAGCCCUGAUGCUACUGUACCAGCUCUGCGAGAAGCGUGAGGUCUCUGCUAUUGUCUACCACAUGUACUCCGAUAACUCCGAGUCUGACGACCGCGAGUACCUCCGGGCUGUCUCCGAGUCGGUUAAACAAUCCAUCUCCUCCCGCGUAGAAAUCAAGUUCAACCCAACCAACGAUGUGGCGGAUGAGCUGGUCUCCAACAUUGCCUCCGCCAUCCAGAAGGACACCAGGGACACCACAUGGAACAACCUCGUUCUCAUCGGGCGUCGCGGAUCUGCGGGCAAGCUGCCCAAUGGUAAGGCUCGAGCCGACGCCCCAAGCGACGUCGUCGACUGCCUUGGUGGCGCUGCCGCCCUCCUCAUCAGCUCCGAGGUCGAGGCAGACCUUUUGGUCAUCCAGGCCAAGGCCACGGCGUAG